AUGACGCUUAUCCUCUGUGAGGAGCUAGGCAUCGAGUACGAUUUGAGGAAAUACAACAGAUCCCCAUUACUCGCUCCUCCCGAGUUCAAGACGCUGCAUCCCUUAGGGUCUGCCCCUGUGAUCGAAGAUGGGGAGGUGAAACUAGCCGAGUCAGGCGCCUGCGUUGAGUACAUUGCUCAGACACAUGGUAAAGGGCGACUUGUCAUCGCGCCGGGCCACAAAGACUACGCGCAGUAUCUAUACUGGUUUCACUUUGCGAACGCUAGCUUGCAAUCCGCAUUGAUGAGAGACCUAGCGCUGAAGAUAGCUGGUGGCACCAGCGAUGGAACGGGGAGGAGCAGUGACAUAUCAAAGCGGUUCAAAGAGAAGCUAUCCAUUAUGCUGACCAUGAUGGACGAUCGAUUAGCGACAGUACCCUGGCUCGCAGGUGACCAAUUCAGUGCCGCUGAUAUCAUGGUGGUGUGCUGUCUCACAACGAUGCGCUGCUUCAAUCCAUACGACCUAGGCGAAUAUGAAAACAUUUUGGCGUAUCUUGCACGUGUGUCAGCACGAGAUGGCUACCGCCAGGCCAGACAAAAGGGGGAUCCCGAACUUGAUAUCGGCCUUUUGGCGGGGGCUGCACCACCUCCAAGUCCGCAACCCACGCUGGUUCAUGCGACACAGGACCAAUAAGAUGAAGACCGAUGAAACGAAACUGGAUUGAUGACAUUCCCGGCACACCUUGACGGCUGGAAGUCUAGACCUACCCGACUUUACUCGGCUGCACUUGAUACAGAAGUGAUGCCACUCUAUC